AUGAACAAGGCUUAUGAUCGGAUUGAGUGGGAUUUUCUAGAGGCUGUAAUGUUGAAAAUGGGCUUUGCUAGAGUUUGGAUCAACCUCAUCAUGAACUGCAUUUCUACGGUUUCCUUUGCAGUUAUUAUCAAUGGCCAACCAGGUAAAUUCUUCAAACCGACUCGUGGCCUAAGGCAAGGGGAUCCGCUUUCUCCCUACCUAUUCUUGCUUGUGAGUGAAGCCCUCUCGAGAAACUUGUCUAGCGCUGUUCAUAAUGGAGAGAUCAAAGGCAUUCGUAUCGCACGUAGAUGCCCAAUGAUUUCCCAUCUGUUUUUCGCCGACGACGCUUUGUUCUUUGUGAAAGCUGAAGCUCAAAAAUGUAUGAAGCUAAAAGAGAAGUUGGACAAGUAUUGCUUAGCCUCUGGUCAGUGCAUCAAUUCUCAAAAAUCCAGCCUUUUUUCUCUCCCAAACACUCCAGCAAAUACUAGACAUGAUAUUUGUACUCUUCUGAAUAUUAAUGGAGUUGACAACCCUGGAAUCUAUUUGGGCCUUCCGACAAUUUGGGGAAGAUCCAAGAAUGCAGCUCUAGGCUACAUCAAAGAGAGGAUCCGGAAGAAAAUUGAUGGCUGGAAACUCAACUCCCUUUCUCUUGCUGGGAAAGAAGUUCUUUUAAAGGCAGUAGCAACUGCUGUGCCAGCUUUUUCUAUGACUUGUUUUCGUUUCCCGGAAGGAAACAUGUAA